AUGUCCGGAGCAAGGACUUCUGGGACUAUCGUGAGUACGCACUUCUGGGGCCCAGUUGCCAACUGGAGUCUCCCCAUUGCUGCUAUCAAUGACAUGAAGAAGUCUCUGGAGAUCAUCAGUGGACAGAUGACCUUCGCCCUCUGUUGCUAUUCUUUGACACUCAUGAGAUUUGCCUACAAGGUACAGCCUCGAAACUGGCUUCUAUUUGUAUGCCAUGCUACAAACAAAGUGGCCCAGCUCAUUCAGGGAGGAGGCUCAUCCACUAUGAGAUGA